UGUGACCGGAAGGCCCCGGGAGCCGCCCCCGGAGGAAGAAGCUCAGCCGCGGCCGAGGCAGGCAGGCAACGCCGGGGCCUUGCGUGAGGAAGGGGAAGAGAGCAGGCCCGGGCCCUGGCAGGCGGGGGCAUCUGGAAAGCGCAAUGAGUGUCAAGGCCUUCAAGCUUGUCCCCGUAGUCGACCGGGAAAUGCUGAUGGGUGACAAAGCUCGGAUCAAUAUUGAAUGCAUUGAGUGCUGUGGAAGGAACCUUUACAUUGGCACCAAUGAUGGGUCUAUCUGGCACUUCCUCUUGGAGGAAAAAAAUUCACCAGCAGAGAAAGCAACAUUUUCUGUCACCAAGCAGCUGCAUAAAAACUUAGGCUUCCGGAAGGCUGUGGGAGAAUUGAAAGCAGCUUCAGCUCUUAAUCGCCUGCUUGUACUUUGUGAUAAUACUAUAACAUUGAUGAACAUGAUGAACCUGGAACCCAUCCCUACUGGAGCCCGCAUCAAGGGAGCUGUGACAUUCACCUUGAAUGAAAACCCUGUGAGCGGGGACCCGUUUUGUGUUGAAGUUUGUAUACUUUCCGUCAAACGGAGGACCAUUCAGCUGUUCUUGGUUUAUGAAGACAGAGUCCAGAUUGUGAAGGAGGUUUCCACUCAGGAGCAGCCCUGCGCUGUGGCUGUAGAUGGCCACUAUUUAUGCCUUGCCCUGACCACUCAGUACAUUAUAUUCAAUUACAACACUGGAGUCUCCCAGGAUCUGUUUCCUUAUUCUGUCGAAGAGAGGCGGCCAAUUGUGAAAAGAAUAGGCAGACAAGAGUUCCUGUUGGCUGGGCCUGGAGGACUAGGUAUGUUUGCCACUGUUGAUGGCAUUUCCCAGCGUGCUCCUGUCCACUGGUCGGAAAAUGUGAUUGGUGCUUCCCUUUGCUUUCCUUAUGUGGUUGCUUUGGAUGAAGAGUUCAUUACAGUACACAGUAUGUUGGACCAACAGCAAAAACAGACACUACCCUUUAAGGAUGGCCAUAUCCUACAAGACUUUGAAGGCAAAGUAAUUGUAGCAACCACCAAAGGGGUGUUCAUCUUGGUACCACUACCUCUGGAAAAACAGAUUCAGGAUCUUUUGGCCAGUCAGAGAGUGGAAGAAGCGCUAGUAUUAGCAAAGGGAGCCCGAAGAAAUAUUCCAAAAGAGAAAUUUCAGGCAAUGUAUAAGCGAAUCUUGCAGCAAGCAGGAUUUAUACAGUUUGCACAGCUUCAGUUCCUCGAAGCGAAAGAACUCUUCAGAAGCGGCCAGCUCGAUGUCCGGGAGCUGAUCUCUCUCUACCCCUUCCUGUUGCCUACUUCCUCUUCAUUCAUGCGAUCCCACCCUCCCCUCCAUGAAUAUGCUGACUUAAACCAGCUGACGCAGGGGGACCAGGAGAAGAUGGUAAAGUGCAAGCAGUUUCUCAUGAGCUACUUGAGCGAGGUGCGCAGCACUGAAGUUGCAAAUGGCUACAAGGAAGACAUUGACACAGCUCUGUUGAAGCUCUAUGCAGAAUCUAAUCAUGAAAGCCUUCUAGAUCUGCUGGUCUCAGAAAAUUCCUGCCUUCUCACAGAUAGCGCUGCGUGCCUGGAGAAGCACAAAAAAUAUUUUGCACUUGGGCUCCUGUAUCACUCAAACAGUCAGGAUGCUGCUGCACUACAGUUAUGGGUAAAAAUAGUUAAUGGAGACAUUCAAGACUCCACACGCACAGACCUUUACGAUUAUAUUGUAGACUUCCUUACCUCCUGCUCAGACCACGAAUUGGUGUGGAAAUAUGCCGAAUGGGUCCUGCAGAGAAGCGAGGAGGUUGGAGUAUACAUUUUCACAAAAAGGCCUCUGGAAGAAGAACCAAAUAACAGUUUCAAUCCCGAUGAUGUCAUCAGCUGCCUUAAGAAAUACCCCAUAUCAUUAGUAAAAUAUUUAGAAUUUUUGGUUCUGGAGAGAAGAAUAAAAAAAGAGAAGUUCCAUACCCAUCUAGCUGUGUUAUACCUGGAUGAGGUGCUACAUCUGAAAUCACUGUGUGCAGAGAGAUACGAAGAAUUGACCAAAACACAGGCAAAACUACGCAAUCUUCUGCGGAAAUCUGACCUUUAUAGAGUUCAUUAUAUUUUAGAUAAAAUCAGCGGAACAGAUCUCCAUAUGGAGUGUGCAAUAUUAUAUGGAAAAUUGGAAGAGCACGACAAAGCUUUACAUAUCCUGGUCCAUGAACUGAAGGACUUUGCUACUGCUGAGGAAUACUGCGCCUGGAAUUCCGAGAGCAAAGACCUUCCUUACAGGCGGAAACUUUUUCAUAUGCUGCUCUCGGCAUAUCUGAAUUCCAGCACAUUAGAUCAUGAGCUGGCUAUGGCUGCUGUGGAUCUUCUAAAUAACCAUGCAGCUGAGUUUGAUGCUGUGUGUGUUUUGCAGCUGAUUCCCGACAGCUGGUCAGUGCAGCUCCUUUCCUCUUUUUUGACCGGUGCAAUGAGGGAAAGCAUUCACGCACAAAGGAUGGCUCAGAUUGCAGUGGGUUUAGCAAAAGCUGAGAAUCUGGCCUAUAAGCAUGAAAAGGUAAAACUUAAAGAAAACCCAACUGUUCUCUCGGACAAAAAGCUCUGCCAGGUGUGCCAGAGCCCCUUUGGUGAGCCUGCCUUUGUCAGGUAUCCAAAUGGUGGUAUGGCCCACACACACUGUGCUGCCAGCAGGCUAGUGAAUUCAAACACAAACCACCAUUUAUCCAGCCCCAGCAAACGGACAUGAAGCACAUUUGAGGUGUGCAACAUCCAAGGAGAAUCUGCAUCAUGAAGAGCAAAUACGUCCAAAAAAGAAGAGGUGGAUGUGGUGUCUUCCGCCAAUGUGAAACACGGCGCCUCACUGCUGGUCUUUUGUGAAUGUAGACAGCACAAGAAGUAUCAGAUGUUUAUAUAAUGAACAAAAUGCUUCCUUACAGUAAGGGUGUGUGUGAGGGAGGGGGAGAGGGAGAGGAAACUCUUUAAAAAAUUGAAACUUGCACUGAAUUUGGUGGUCAGCUGGCCUUGGAAGAAAAGAGGCUGGUGAGGAAACAAUGCCUUUCCCCCAAAGAGCUGAUAAUUCUGUCUCUUGAAUAAGUGGCACAAAGCAGCACUUUCUUGAGAGUUGAGAAAAGCUGCAUUUAUGUUCCCAACUAGGUCUAAAUUUUGCCUGGUGGAACAGCAUCAUGAACUUGUUCUGUGCUUUUCAUACUGUUAAACAUUGGAUGCACUUUGGAGCCUUUGCUCUCCUUCCUUUUUCUGCCCUGUACAUCCAUCUGUUACAGAGCCUGUUGAAGCACUAAUUUCUGGGAAGUUCCUGCCCUCACUGGGACUGAGAAAGGGGCAGGAAGAUGGGGAUACCAUGGCAUGAAGUCUGGGUUUCUGACACUACUAAUCACAGUGAAGCCACUGGUGCUUGUCCCAGGGAACCAUAUACCAUUUGUGGGUGGGAAGGGGCAAAGGAAGAGGCUUUAAUAAAUGUCAUGACUUAUUUAUUAUCAUACAGAUGUUCUGUACAUACAGUCGAAUGAAAUGGUUUUUAUACCUUGACGUUCUCUAGAGCGGACACGCAUAAUCAGUAAUUACAGGUGUAGCUUUUUCAAGGGUCUAUACCUGCCAUCUCAAAGAGCCAUCUUUCCCUGCAAGUAAAGAAACCUGUGCCUCUGAUCUGCUUUGCAGGAGUGGAUUCACACAAAGGGAAAAGGGUGCUUUACAGCCAUCAGUAGUUGCAUCCUGAAGGUGCUGAAUAAGCUUGAUAACACUUAAUAAACGCUCUGUGAAUUCUGAA